AAAAAAAUAAAUAAAAAAAAACUAAAAAAAUGGAAAAACCUAAAAAAAUGAAGCUUUCUGAUUAUGAAAUAUUCCAAACAUUAGGAACAGGUUCAUUCGGAAGAGUAAAAUUGGCUAAAAAAAAACAUACCGAUUAAUUUGUUGCCUUGAAGUAAUUAAAAAAAGCAGAAAUUAUAAAACUGAAAUAAGUUGAUCAUAUAAUAAACGAGAACACAAUUUUAUCAAAUAUGAAUCAUCCAUUUAUUGUAAAUAUGGAUGGUUUUUGUUAAGACAGUAGAUAUAUAUAUUUAAUUCUUGAAUUUGUUUCUGGAGGUGAACUGUUUACUUAUUUGCGUAGCAUGGGAGCUUUAGAACCUGACCACGCAUGCUUAUAUGCUGCAUAAGUAGCCUUAAUGUUUGAAUACUUGCAUUCUAAAAAUAUCAUUUAUAGAGAUUUAAAACCUGAAAACCUAUUAAUUGCAAACGAUGGUUUUCUCAAAUUAACUGACUUUGGAUUUGCUAAAAUAGUCGAGAGUAGAACAUAUACCUUAUGUGGCACUCCUGAAUAUUUAGCCCCAGAAAUUCUUUUAAAUAAAGGCCAUGGCAAGGCUGUUGAUUGGUGGACCCUUGGAAUUCUUAUUUAUGAAAUGAAUGCAGGUAUUGAUCCUUUUACAGAUGAAGAUCCUAUGGCUAUUUAUUAGAAAAUAUUGAAAGGAAAAGUCAAAUUUCCCAGAAAUUUCGAUAAAAACGCUAAAUCUCUUGUCAAACAUCUUCUUACUUCUGAUUUAUCUAAAAGAUAUGGAAAUUUAAAAAACGGAGUUUCUGAUGUCAAAAAUCAUAGAUGGUUUGGCAAUAUUGAUUGGAAUUAAUUACUUGCUAAAAAAGUUGCAGUGCCUUAUAAACCUGUUGUUAAGGCGCCUAAUGAUACUUCUAAUUUCUCAAGUUAUCCUGAAAGUGAUACAAAUACUCCUGCUUUAAAACCUGCUGAAGACCCUUUUUUAGAUUGGUGAUAUAUAUUAGAAUUUUUUUUUUUUGUAUAUUAAAAUAGUAAAAGUAAAAAUCUAUUUGUUUAGUUAUUUUGUAAUCAAAUUAAGAAAAACAAUAUAUAAAAUAAAAUGUAAAUUUAAAAAU